ACUGGCUUUGAGCAAUACAUGACAAAAAAAUUUAAUUGCAAAGUGCUGGCAUUUGAUCCAAGGUUAAAGAUGAAGAAGCAGUACGUUAAGCUACAGGAAAACGUUAUCUUGUAUAAGACAGGUUUAUCGGCAGAGAACAAACCGAGCGGAAAUGACCAGGACGCCGCGUGGGCAGACAACACGUGGGAUCUUAAGACGCUGGGCACAAUACUACAGUCGACGGCACCUAGCAAUGCAAUCAUAGACUACAUGAAGAUCGACAUACAGGAAGGGGAAUGGAGUGCUUUAUUAACAGCAUUCCAAGAAAUGUCAUUACAGAAUGUAAAACAAUUGUGUAUAGAGAUUCAUAUUGUCGGGAAGUUCUCCAAUUUUCUAACUCACGAACGCAUCAGUGCACUGAAGACGUUGAGAGGUAUAGGAUUCAGAAUAUAUUCGUCAGAGGACCUUGGUAGGCGCAAAGUGUCGCCGUACACUGGCAGAAACGUGCACUCACGCUUUAGGCUUUAUUUCAUAAAUAAGCAUUUCUUGGAACAAGUGCGCGAUAUGAAAAGAGACAAUUCUUCGGACACGUUGUGGUAAACGUGUCUUUUUUGUGUGAAACUGACUGAACCAUUGGAGUGAUACGAGUUGAGGGGAUUACCCUCCGAUAGCGUUGCGCUUCUGGUUUUUGCAGCAAUAAACUUGCUGAUUGAUUUGGGAUUGCUAAACAUUGACGCACUAGUUAAAUGUCGACGUAUAAUGCCGAGAGAGAGAGAGAGAGA